AUGAAAGCAUGGCAAAAGUCGAAUGAUGAGGAUGGUCAGCUGGUUGGAAUAACGGUGCAAAGUCAGUUAACGAACCCCUUGAAAAAGACGUACUCCAGUCAAAGUCUUCUAGGCUAUACAUCAGCAAGUGAAGUUUGUUCUCCACAUAUAUCAUUAAACGAUGGAUCAUUACUGUCGCAGAGCAACUGGUUGAGUAAUGAAGCCAAUGAAUCUAGUCGAUGGGAGCUGAGAACGCUUCAGAAAAAAGAUAUGGCUGUUGUAAAGGCUAUUUGCCAAGAGUCGUUUCCUAUUGAUUAUCCCCAUUGUUGGUUCGAGGAAGUGCUUAGUGGCAACUUUAUCAGUUAUGGUAUUACAUACAAUGGUAAUUUAGUGGCCCUUCUAGUUGCUGAUCUCAAAUUGCUGAAUCAGUUUAAUCCAGAGGACAAAGAUCUUUUGUCUAAUAAUUUUUUGCCUGUGGUGUAUAUUCUGAGUCUUGCUGUAAGGAAGGAGUUUCGUCGUCGUGGUUUGGCAUCAAAACUUUUAAAACAUUUGUUUGCAACAGUUGUGAAACAGCCACCCUAUCCAAGUGCCGUUUAUCUGCAUGUACUUUCAACUAACACCGGUGCGAUAAGUUUUUACAAGAAAAAUGGUUUUCGGCAUCACUCCACACUUCUGAGGACUUACGCAAGGCUCACAAAGUUUUUGUCGUGGACUUUGCGGAGCCUUCCUUAUGGAUCUGCUGAGUCCAAAGGAAACUAUUACCGAAUCAAUGAGACGUACAGUGACGGCAUGGCCUUCGUUUUGUAUACCAAUGGCGCCAAACCUCCGUGGUCUUUCUAUGAGUUUUGCAGUGUGGCUAGCGCAUUUAUAUGUUUUCCAUUUCGGCUUCUGUUCAAAAUGCGAUUUUUGUUUCGGUUUUAA